AUGGACAAGGUUCUAGAAAAGAUUUUCCACGGCGUGAUUACGGGAGAUUUCCUUUCGAAAACUAAACGAGUUGUCCAGGCUAUCAUGCUGUGGAACGAGUGCAUAAUACUCCUAAACAACAAGGCCUUAGAGAUAGAAAAUGACUCUGCCACAAAAUUGAGUAUAACGCUGUACAAAAGGCUGUUUGAUGGGUAUGCUGCUAUUAAGAAUCUUUCACCGCCUAUAGAAUCUGGCCAAAACCUUUUAGUCCUACUUCGUGACUGUAAGAGAAAAAAAGAAGAAGGUGAGACAGCCUUAAUGCUAGCAACAAUGUACUACCGAAAAUGUAAAUACAAGGAAGCAGAAGCAUUCCUCAAAAAAGCACUCGGUGUCAACAAAGAAAUCAACGACAAAGACGGAGAAGCGACAUGCUACGCAAACCUAGGAGUGUUAUUUCAGUCUGUCGGAGAAUAUGUCAAGGCUGAAGAAUAUCUUCAUAAAGCACUUACCAUCAACACAGACACUGGCAACAGACGCAAAGAAGCGACAUGCUACGGAAACCUAGGAACGUUAUUUCAGUCUGUCGGAGAAUAUGCCAAGGCUGAAGAAUAUCUUCAUAAAGCACUUACCAUCAACACAGACAUUGGCGACAGAGACGGAGAAGCGACAUGCUACGCAAACCUAGGAACGUUAUUUCAGUCUGUCGGAGAAUAUGCCAAGGCUGAAGAAUAUCUUCAUAAAGCACUUACCAUCAACACAGACAUUGGCAACAGACGCAAAGAAGCGACAUGCUACGGAAACCUAGGAACGUUAUUUAAGUCUGUCGGAAAAUAUGCCAAGGCUGAAGAAUAUCUUCAUAAAGCACUUACCAUCAAGACAGACAUUGGCGACAGAAACGGAGAAGCGACAUGCUACGGAAACCUAGGAACGUUAUUUUGGUCUGUCGGAGAAUAUGCCAAGGCUGAAGAAUAUCUUCAUAAAGCACUUACCAUCAACACAGACAUUGGCGACAGAAACGAAGAAGCGACAUGCUACGGAAACCUAGGAACGUUAUUUCAGUCUGUCGGAGAAUAUGCCAAGGCUGAAGAAUAUCUUCAUAAAGCACUUACCAUCAACACAGACAUUGGCAACAGAGACGGAGAAGCGACAUUCUACGCAAACCUAGGAACGUUAUUUCGGUCUGUCGGACAAUAUGCCAAGGCUGAAGAAUAUCUUCAUAAAGCACUUACCAUCAAGACAGACAUUGGCGACAGAAACGGAGAAGCGACAUGCUACGGAAACCUAGGAACGUUAUUUUGGUCUGUCGGAGAAUAUGCCAAGGCUGAAGAAUAUCUUCAUAAAGCACUUACCAUCAAGACAGACAUUGGCGACAGAAACGGAGAAGCGGCAUGCUACGCAAACCUAGGAACGUUAUUUCAGUCUGUCGGAGAAUAUGCCAAGGCUGAAGAAUAUCUUCAUAAAGCACUUACCAUCAACACAGACAUUGGCGACAGAGACGGAGAAGCGACAUGCUACGCAAACCUAGGAACGUUAUUUCAGUCUGUCGGAGAAUAUGCCAAGGCUGAAGAAUAUCUUCAUAAAGCACUUACCAUCGAGACAGACAUUGGCGACAGAGACGGAGAAGCGACAUGCUACUCAAACCUAGGAGCGGUAUUCCAGUCUGUCGGAGAAUAUGCCAAGGCUGAAGAAUAUCUUCAUAAAGCGCUUACCAUUGUCGACAGAGACAGAGAAGAAACAUGCCACCUGAGCCUAGGUGAAGAUGUGAAGGCUCAAAAAUAUUUUCAGAAUUCUCUUGAAAUUAGCAGGAGGACUGUAAACAUCAAUUUGCAAUAUAAAUCUUUACUUUCCCUAUUUUGGUGUGUUUUAAACUCGAAAGGAAACAUAUCUGAAGCCUUAUUGAUUCUCCAUAGAAGUAUUCAAAUUUUCGAAAAAAUGCAUAGCUUUCUAGGAAACAAAGAUGGCCGCAAGAUAUCAUUUUUUGACAACCACGCGGAACCCUAUCGGCAGUUUAGUUCACUGAGUUUUUCUUAUGGGAAACCCUAUGAAGCUUUACACGUUGCUGAACUUGGACGGGCCAAAGCUCUUGCAGAACUAAUGUCAAACCGUUACUCCAUUGAAAAAGAAAUAUCCAUCGACACACAAUCGUUUGUUGGCAUUGAGGAAGUAACGACGAAAAAUGGCAACAGCACUUGCCUAUACAUCUCCUACUACUCUGACAACAUAUUUUUGUGGGUUUUGAAACAAAGCAAACUGGUGGCUUGCCGAAGAACGAAACUUUGUGAAAGCUAUGUUAGCAAGGACGGCAAAAUCUCUGUGGAUGACCUUUUUGGAAACGAAAGCUUAUUAAGAAAUUUUCACGUUUUACCUCAAGAGCAAUGCGAAGACCGAUCACUCUUCUCCUCUUACACCAACCAACUUACAAACGAAUCAAAUCUGGAAGAUAGUCUCUCAUCCUUGCGUCUUUCUUUAGAUGAGGACGAAGUACAGACAGACCCUGAACCGCCAACACUUGUUCAGAUUUACAACAUGUUGAUUGGUCCUGUAAGUGACGUACUAGAAGGAUCUGAAAUUAUUGUUGUUCCUGAUCGCUGCUUCUUCAAAGUUCCGUUUGCAGCAUUACAUGAUGAAAGUAACCACUUUUUAUCAGAUUCAUUCAGGAUACGCAUUGUUCCUUCUUUGACGACGCUCAAGCUCAUUCUGGACAGUCCAGCGGACUCUCACAGCGAAACUGGUGCAUUGAUUGUGGGUGAGCCAAAAGUGACGAAUGUGUAUUUCAAGGGAGAGUUAAGGUAUCUCUGUCCACUGCCUGGCGCGAAAGCGGAAGCAGAGAUGAUUGCAAGACUACUACCUGAAUCUCACCUUUUAAUAGGAGAGCAAGCAACAAGGCAAGAAGUUCUUCAGAGAAUACCCUUAGUGAGUCUCAUACAUUUCGCUGCUCAUGGUGAUGCCGAAAGAGGAGAAAUUUCCCUUACCCCACUUGACCCCACAAUGGAGACUCCACAUGAAGCAGACUACUUACUGACAAUGACCGACAUUUCACAAGUUAGACUGUCAGCCAAACUGGUGGUCCUUAGCUGUUGCCAUACCGCACGUGGACAGAUCAAAACAGAAGGCGUUGUUGGAAUCGCUCGAGCAUUCUUAGGAUCAGGUGCACGCUCAGUGUUGGUGGCACUGUGGGCCUUACAAGACGAUGCAACAGAACAGUUCAUGAGAAGAUUCUACGAAAACCUUGUCCAAGGAGAAAGUGCAUGUGAAUGUCUUCACCGGGCCAUGAAGUGGAUGCGAAAUAACGGUUUCUCUGAAGUGAGACAGUGGGCACCUUUCAUGCUGAUUGGGGAUGACGUGUCAUUUCACUUUGGUGAAGAAAAGUGAAGGUAAUUGGUGCUUUCUGAUAAUUAGGGCCAUAGGAAAUCUGCCAGGUCUUUUUGUAUUGCAGUUUUAUCAACUUAGGUACAUUUGUACUUUCAAGUACUAAAUAAUUUAAAAAGCGGUAUUCAACCUUGAAAGCCACAUUAUUGACUACACCUGAAGUCAGCUUUUACUAUGACUGAGGUAAAAUAUCAAUCAACCGCUUUUUAACAUCGAUAGAUACUAAACGCACACAAAAAAUAAUCCCCGUAUCCCUACUGUAACACAGAAUGAUUUUAAAUCUUUUUUCUUUUUCGUGAUAUAUGAGGCAUAAAUAAUUGAAUAUUCUUUUAUUUGUUACCGCUCAAUAUGAACAUGAGGGUUGGCUGAAUAUACUAUGGUAUGUGAAUUCCCGAACUGUAACCAAAACAAACAGCCCAAGGUAGUUUUUUGUUUGAUAUAAAGAUAAUCGGAAUAAACAUAUCGUGGCGGAGAUCUAGAUCUGAGAAUUGAUCGAAAACACUAAAAACUACAAAUUGUCGGCUGUGUAUGGCGUCUUGAACGUAACUACAGGGCUUUUCGCGGACACUGACAGUAGUACACUGGCUCUAAACUUGGACUAUAAAGAGAAAAGACCGAGAUUCCAAAGGUCAUCAAGGCAAGGAGUUUCAAACCUAUUUUAGUUGUGCACCCUGCUUUUCAUAGGUGAUGCCUAAUUGGAAAGUUUUAGCGGUGAGAUAAACUUAAAUAAGUCAACUUUUCCCUUAUGAUAAAUCCCUCUUCCAUGUAAAAUGAACCUAAAUGCCACUUACCCCAGCUGGAGUCUUUUGUAAUUAAUAUAUGUGUUUUACUAAUUUUUAUGUUUCUUAUCACUGUUCCAGGUAUUACACUAACGACACACCAUGGAACAGAACAGAACAGCCCUUCCGCAGAAUUCCAAUGAGGUAG